AUGGCUGCUACUGUGCUCCGCCAUUUCACUCCGAUCUCAUCGUCCCUUAAACCGCCGUCUCGUCACCGUCGAUUCCUACACCACAAUUUAUUUCCCAAAAUACCCUUACCGUCUUCUCCUUCUCUUCUUAAAUUCGGCGCCGGAAACUCCGAGCCUCAACCUCCACCGCCUUUGCCGGAGGCUGAUUGCCCCGUUCCGCCGGAGCAACAGCCAAUCAACGAGUAUCAGUCUCUCUCCUCCUCGUUUCCUUUCUCUUGGGCUUCAGGAGACCUAGUGGAGUACUCUUCUAGCCUCUUCGUCACCGGCGCUUCUUUCGCGUUUUUCGUCGGGUUGCCCGUUUCCUGGUUCGGAUCCGUCGGACCCGAAUACGAACCCGUCAAGCGGAUACUCGCCGCCAGCUCUAGCGGCAUCUUCGUCGUCACGCUUGCUGUCGUUAGGAUGUAUCUGGGUUGGGCUUAUGUCGGGAAUCGUCUUCUAAGCGCCACCGUCGAGUGCAAUUCUCCAAUCGCAUCGUCUUAUAGAACGUAUAAGGAUCCAAGGGACAGAUCCUCGAUGCCAAUCGCUGGAGCGUACAAUGAUGAAACCGCAAGAACGUUCGAACCAGAAGCUUUCUGCGGGGAACCUUCUUCAGAUGUUCCGUGA